AUGACAUCAACAACAGGUGGAACCACUAAUAUUGUACCUCAAUUAUGUAAAAAUAAUUGUAGUUUCUUCGGAAAUACGUCCUUCGAUGGAUUUUGUUCUCAAUGUUAUACAGAACAAAAGAAAAAAAUUAAGGAACAACAACAACAGCAACAGCAACAACAAGAGAAUUAUACUGAGAUGAAAGACGAAGAUGAAAUUGUCGUCGAACCAACUGUAUCGAUUUCAUCACCUAUUGAAAAUCUAUCAUUAUCACGUCAAUCAAAAUCGAUAACAAAAAAUUAUGCUUCAAAAAAAGCUCGUUGCCCGAAUUGUAAAAAACCAAUGGGUAUUUUACAAUAUCCAUGUGUAUGUGGUGGACAUUUUUGUUCGAAUUGUCGUUAUUCAAAUGAACAUAAAUGUCCAAUUGAUUACAAAACUGUAGAAAGAAAACUAUUGGCCAAAACCAAUCCUCAAGUGAUUGCUGAUCGUGUUCAUAAUCGGCAAUAA